AAAGCUUAGAAUACUCCAUAAAUUGAAAGUAUGCGUCCUGAUUGUCCUCAAAGAUAUUAUCUCGCAAUAAAGGAAUCAACUGUUGCUCCUAUAAAAAGCGAUCUGGCAACCCCACUGUUAUCGAUUGUUUCAUAAUAAAGCCAUACUACCAUCACUAGUGAUAAAAACAAAAAUAAUAAACAUGUACCUGUUGCGUUCGCUAAAAUUAUCUAAAUAUGCAACAGCAACAGCCUUACGGUCCACCAGACGAGGAAUCUCAGACCUGGUUUUGGUUAAGGAAGAGCAGGGAGUGCGGGAGAUAACCCUUAAUCACCCCAAAACUCUCAAUUCUCUUUCCUUGGAUAUGAUGUGUGCCAUCCAGGAUGCUCUGAUAAAGGAUAAAGACAACCUAGACCUUCGGUGCGUUGUCUUAACGGCUCAGGGAAAGGUCUGGUCAGCCGGACACAAUUUGAAGGAGCUCCACAACGAUCCGGAGAUCCAGAGCCGGGUGUUCCAGAAGCUGACAGACGUAAUCAACGACAUACAAAAACUACCGGUACCGGUGAUUGGAAAAGUUAAUGGCUAUGCGGCUGCUGCCGGCUGUCAACUGGUAGUAUCUUGCGAUAUGGUGGUCUGUUCCAAGACUAGCAAGUUCUCCACCCCAGGAGCUGGGGUUGGCGUUUUCUGCUCCACGCCUGGAGUAGCUGUUGCCCGGACCAUGUCUCGUCCAAAGUCCGCCUAUAUGCUGAUGACUGGACUGCCCAUUAGUGGCGAGGAAGCUUAUAUAUCAGGACUAGUGACCAGGGCAGUGCCUGCCGAGGAACUGGACAAAGAAAUCAAUGAAAUAGCAAGUGCUAUAAAGGCCAAAAGCCGGGCAGUAAUCUCUCUCGGGAAGGAGUUCUACUACAAGCAGUUGGCCAUGUCCCAAUGCGAAGCCUACGCGGCUGCCCAGGACAAGAUGUGCGAGAACUUUAAGUUGGGCGAUACCAAGGAAGGCAUCACCAGUUUCUUCGAAAAACGUCCUCCAAAUUGGAAGCACCAGUAAAGGAUCUACGGCUGUGAAAUAAUUUGAAUCAAAAUGACCAAUUGUGCAUUUAUCUUGUUUUAAGUUUAUAAAGAUCUGUUUUAAUAAACCAAGUUGAUAUAUUUGUUGUGAUCAUUAA